UGCAGAAGCAAUCGGACUUCAUCGCAACUCGCAUCCAAUAACAAUCAGGAACCGCAAUCCUUUGGAAUUUGCCUGUCUGUCGUCACCUUCCAAGUACAAGCUCACAAUUUAAUGCAGAUCAACCUAAACAGCCUUUUUUCUAGAGCAAGUCAGCAGCAAGAGCUUACGUUAGACACUCCUCACAUCCUGCUCAAUAUCUACUUGAUAGCACCAAACUUGACAACAAUUUUCUCAUUCCCUCCAAUCAUCAUAACAAAAACAAAGAAGCCCAAACAUAUCACCCAAAAAUCAUGGCGUCAACACAAAAACCCCUCCUCGUCUUCGGCACCACCCCCAUCUACGGGCACACCAUGCCCCUCCGCGCCAUCGCCAAAAACCUAAUCGAACAAGGCUACGAAGUAAUAUUCUUGACCGGCUCCCACUUCAAGAAAGAAAUCGAAGCCAUCGGCGCUCAAUUCGUGCCUUUCCAGGGAAACGCCGACUUCUCGGAAACGACUGGCUGGGCUCUCGUCCCGCCUCCUCCGGAAAUUUUACGCGGUCCGCAAUUUUUGAAUUUUAUUCUGAGGUGGUUUUUUGCUGGGCCGUUGGUUGAGCAUUAUAAUACGCUGCAGAGCGUGUUGGAGGAGGUGGAGGAGAGGGAGAAGGGGAGGGAGGUGGUGGUGGUGUUUGAUCAGAGUUGGUGGGGUGCUUUGCCUACUCGGUUGGGAGCUCCGGGUCUGAAGCCAUCUGGAAUUGUGGGGAUUGGUAUCAUCCCUGUGGGAUUGAGUGGGAAAGAUGUCCCUCCGUUUGGACUCUCUCUCAAGCCCGACUCGAGUGGGCAAAGUACCGAGAAGUUUGCGGGUUUGACGAAGAAAGUUUAUGGGGAGGAUUAUGCUACGACCCAGAACGAGUUCAUUCGGAAUUUGAAAAAGAUAGGAGUGAAGCACCUAAGGGAAGAUGCCCAUAUUAUGGAUCUAGAGUACACUUUACCCGACAAGUUUCUGCAGAUGUGCGUUCCGAGCAUUGAAUGGCCGCGCGUGGAUCUACCAAAGAACUUUCGAUUCGCAGGUGGGCUUCCCAAAGGGCACCGCGAUGCAUCUCCCUCACUUCCAGAGUGGUGGGAUGAUAUUACUCAUGGAAAAGACAAAAUAGUCGUGGUCUCUCAAGGGACAUUGCUCUCGCUCGAUUUUACGCAACUCAUCAUCCCCACACUGGAAGGUUUGAAGGAUCUGCCCGGUAUCAUUGUUGUCGCAGCUCUUGGGAGAAAAGGGGCUACAUUACCUGAAGACUAUGUUGUGCCUUCCAACGCCCGAAUAGGAGACUUCAUCCCGUUCGAUGAGCUUUUUCCACUUAGUGACGUCUUUGUCACGAAUGGCGGAUACGGAGGACUUAACCAUGCUCUCAGUCAUGGACUGCCAAUGGUGUUCUCGGGUGUACAGACAGACAAGCCUGAGAAUGCAGUGCGUGCUGAAUGGGCUGGAGUUGGCGUGAACUUGGAUGUUGAAUCUCCAGCGCCGUUGGCUGUGAGGGAAGCAGUGGACAAAAUUCUGGGAAAUUCUGAAUACAGAGAAAAAGCGAAGGCGAUUGAGCGUGAGAUGGAUAGUUAUGAUCCGAUGGGCGCUAUAGUUCAAGCGAUCGAAGAGGCGGCAGCGGAAGCGAGGUUGGCGAAGGAAUGAGGGUGUAUGAAUCCUUGUACAGUGUGAUUAUUCUUUUCAAGAACUUUCCUGACUGAGAGAAUGACACAGAUUGACAAUUCGACUCUCUAAUUACAGCUUCUAGCCAGGAAGCAUAAGCAGUGGCCGAGGCUCAAAUCCUACUACAAUCGA